UCAUCGCUUAUCGUGCUCGACGGUUCAUCUUCGCCAUCCUGGUGUAGCUUCGUCUGUUGCUCGUCAGUUCAUCGCAGUUACAAAUACCCCUGUCGCUUCUGCCGCCGUAUACGGGAAAGGGUCCACGUCGAUCGGACCCUGAAUUUUGCCAAGGGAGUCAACCGACCCCUCUGCCUUUCAUCAACACAACCGCACAACACUACAAUCGGACUUUUCAAGAUGCGUUCCAUGUCUCGUCUGUUUGUUCUGUGCCUCCUCUUGGUGCUGGGGACGGUAACUUCCGCCUGGCCAUGGCCGCCGCAUGGCGAAUUGUUGCGACGAGCUGAUACCACCGCAGCUGAGAGCGCAACCACUGGAGCCGCCGCUACCACCGAGAGUGCAUCGAAGACCGAAGCAGCGACCAAAACCGCCGCCGCAACAGGAAGCGACACCACGGCCACGGCCACCGGCACCAAUACCAAGUCAGCAACCGGAACAGGCACUGCCAGCGGCAAGUCCUCUGGCUCUUCUUCGAACAGCACAACGAGUGUUUCUAUCAACCCCGCUGCCGGUGCCGGUGGUAUCUCCAUGCUUAUUCCCACCCAGGGUGCCACAACCUACUAUAAGAUCGGCGAUUAUGUGACAUUGAAAUGGAACUACACCUCUUUGACCAUUAGCCCAACGGCUGUCAAUGUGGUCGCUUCGUGCAGUUUGAACAGCGCCACCUACACCCUCACGUCCAACAUGACCAUGUCGCCCACCGGAGAGGUGGUCUGGGACACCAAGAAGUACCAGGCCAACGCGACUGUCCCGUUGUUGACAGCGUCGUACACGUUGAUCGUGUGGGAUGCCAGCAAGGCCAUCACUGAGACGGCCAGUGCCGGCUAUCUUAGCGCUGCUAGCAGCUACAUCUUCGGAAUGUACAGCUCCCAGCCGUACACUCCGCUCAAUGGAUUUGUCUGCGCUACCUGCAGCGGCGCUUUCUCCGAACUCGAACGCUUAGGGAUGAAAUUCACCUUCGGCAUGUUCGCCAUCACCGUCCUGUCCUUCACCUGGUUCGCCGGUGGCUUCGGUCUCUUCUCCACGUGAAUGUAAUCUCCGGAUGACGACGACAAAAAGAAACAUUUUUAUGCAUUAGAAUGUUGCAUUGAGCAAAGCGAAUUUCGUUUCAAGUUA